AUGUCGCUGCGGAUUGAAAGCAACGAGGCCAUGGAUAGUGAUUCUCGUCAGAGAUCGAAACGAUUGAAGAAAUGCGACGGGUUCGGUACCGUGGUCCUUGGUUAUGGCCGUGAACUGUUGAGAGAAGUCUGUGAUGAUCGGUGGUCACCUUGUUGUGGAUUAGUACGCCUAUAUGCCAGGAUGGGCCUUCAUCGUUACAAUUUGCUCAAGUUGCUAAGGAUCCAGCUACCAGAAAACUUUUAUAUUUUCAUACUAAAAAUUGAUGAAGAAUGUUUUUGCAAGUUUAUUUUGACGUGCGAUAUUGCUAGACCUCGAGGGACAAACACCGAUGAUGAUGCGUCAAUAGCUGAUUACUUCUACCUCAGAGGUAGCGUGCCUAAGUGCCCCCCAGAGGAUCUUUUCCAAAAUAGUAACCGGUUUUGCGUGGUGAAGGGAUCGGAGCUGCAACAAAAUGACUGGAUUCGUCUAUAUCUGGAACUUGCAGUUGCCACAACUCAUACGAACAAGGGUAGAAAUCAUGAUCUGUCCAACUUGAAGAUUCUGAAAGUGGCCAUAGAAACUACUGAAGACUUGGAUCCACCUAGUGAGGGAUCACUCAACGCCUUGAAUGCACUUGUCUACAUAAGGUACGAGGACUCUUGUGAUUCUCGGGUUGGUAAGGAUGUCGAUCGCAUUGCUAUUGUUAAAAGAACCUACAGUCAUGGAAGCUUUGUUCUCGAGGGUCGGAAUAUGGCUUUCAAAUCCGAGGUGGCGCAUGGCUUACAAAAUCUGCGGAUUUGACUUUUGGCUCUCUCUCUCGUCUGCACUAGAGAAUCCAUUUGAAAGUAUGGAUCAGAUGAUAAUAAACUAUUAAUGGUCGAAUAAUUUGUUUAUAUUAUGUAACUCUUUCGUAAUUAAUAUAUUUGUCUGUAAGAUUUAACUUUGGUAGAACGGAAUGAGAAUCAAUAUGUUUUAACUAA